AUGACCGACCUGACCAGCGUCAUCAACGACGAGAUCAAGCGCCGCAACGCCGAGAUCUCGUCCAUCAACGAGCAGAUCCACGCCAACCCCGAACUGGCCUACGAGGAAUACAAAGCCCACGAUGCCUUCGUCUCCGUCCUCCAAGCCCUUGGGUUUGAGGUCACCCCGCACGCCUUCGGCCUCGAGACGGCAUUCUCCGCCGAAUACGGCUCCGGCGGCCGGCUGGUCAUCUACAACGCCGAGUACGACGCGCUCCCGGGGAUCGGCCACGCCUGCGGACACAACCUGAUCGCAUCCUCCUCCUUCGCCGCAUUCCUCGGCGCAGCCGCCGCGCUCAAAACCUCCAACCAGCCCGGCCGCGUCCGCCUGCUCGGCACCCCUGCGGAAGAAGGCGGCGGCGGCAAACUCAAAAUGAUCGCCAACGGCGCCUUCGCCGGCGCGGCCGCCUGCCUGAUGGUGCACCCGGGCCCGGGCCACAACCUGCCCGGCGCAACCCGCGGCGUGGCCUUUGUGCGCAUGCUGGCCAACAUCAAGACGCGCGUGCACUACACGGGGCGCGAGUCGCACGCGGCCAUCGCCCCCUGGGACGGCGUCAACGCGCUCGACGCCGUGUGCCUGUCCUACAACGCCAUCAGCAUGCUGCGCCAGCAGAUCCGCCCCUACGAGCGCGUCCACGGUGUCUUUCGCGCCGCGGGGGACCGCCCCAACGUCACCCCCGCCGACUGCACCGUCGAGUACUACUGCCGCAGCGCGACGAAGCGCGGGGCCGAGGCGCUGUGGGCGCGGCUGGAGAAGUGCUUUGAGGGUGCUGCGACCGCGACGGGUUGUGAGAUGCGCCUGGAGCCGCUGAAUUCGUACGCCGAUGUGCGCCCGAGCAAGCCGCUGUGCGAGGCGUAUAUCGAGGUGAUGCCUGAGGGGACGGUGACCAUGGAUGAGCCUGCGGAUAUCCUGGCGGGGAGUACGGAUAUGGGUGACGUGUGCUACGAGUGCCCGGGGUUUCAUGGCGUGUUUGGUAUCGACACCAAGGAGGGCGAGGCGAACCACACCAAAGGGUUUGCGGCUGCUGCUGGGACGCCGGAGUCGUUUGAGCGGGCGCUGGAGUGCGGGCGGGGCAUGGCGGCGGUGGGGUGGAGGGUGUUGAGUGAUGAUGCGUUUGCGGAAAAGGUCAAGAGGGAAUGGGAGGAGGAUAUGCAGCGGGCGGCGGAGGGGAAGGUCGCGUCAUGA